UGUCAAGCUGUACACACAUAUGAGAGCACAUGCACUCGUACAAACAGUACAAUGUGGGAAAGUGUCGAGCCUUUAAACUGCUGUAAUUACCGACUGAGAUUCGGAAGACUGCUGGCUUUGUUCCCUGCUCAGGCUGGGUGGGUAAAGUGGGAGCCAAUGAGGGGAGAAAAAACAUGCAGGACGAGGGGGAGAGGGGCCCUUUUGUGGCUGGAGUUGCUCCUUCCUUCCACCGCUUCAGGCUCAUUCACUCUGUCACCUGCAGCUACAGAGAAAUGGAAUCGGCAACGAUAAGCAAAGAGGAUUGCAACAAGGAGAAGCCAGAUGGGGAGGUGGUGCGACUUCAGAGGAAGAUUGGGUUGGUGCCUGCUGUGUCCUUCAUCAUCGGGACGGUGGUGGGCAGUGGGAUCUUCAUCGCACCGAAGGGAGUCUUGAUGAACAGUGGGAGCGUGGGGCUGUCUCUGCUGGUGUGGGCGCUGUGUGGCGUCCUCUCUUUGUUUGGGGCUCUGUGCUAUGCUGAACUGGGCACCAGUUUUACAAAAUCAGGAGGUCACUACACUUAUCUGCUGGAGACGCUGGGGCCCCUACCUGCUUUCCUGCGACUCUGGGUUGAAUUCUUGUUCAUCAGACCAGCUGUAGCUUCUUAUGUGUCCCUGGCUUUCGGUCGUUAUGUGGUGGAGCCAUUCUUUGCACCUUGUCCUGCUCCCAUGGCGCUAAUCAGACUUGUUAGUUUACUUGGAUUGACGUUUGUCGUGGCCGUGAACUGCUGGAGUGUGAGCAUGGCCUCCCGCACUCAGGUCACCUUGACUUUCAUUAAGAUGUUUGCUCUGGUCCUCAUCAUCAUCCCUGGCUGUAUUGCGCUGGGAAAAGGAAAGACAGAAAAUUUCCAGAAUGGGUUCGAGGUUGACUUAUUAACACUGGACAGGUUGCCACUGGCCUUCUAUAAUGGCCUGUAUGCCUAUGGAGGAUGGUUUUAUCUGAACUUUGUCACAGAAGAGGUCAUAAACCCAAAUAGAAACAUCCCGCUGGCAAUAAUCUGCUCCAUGGUGACAGUGACAGUCUUUUAUGUGCUUGUUAAUGUGGCCUACUACACCAUGAUGACUCCCGCUGAGCUGCUGCUGUCUGAGGCUGUGGCUGUCGUCAGUGACAUUACACUCCAUACUGCAUUCAAAAGGAAAAAAAUCAGAAGGACUGCGAUAGCACAGCGCUGGUCUGAUGUGGUGUCUGUGUCUUUGCAGACGUUUGCCAACCGUACUCUUCAGGGACUGGCUUCUGUGAUUCCUAUUCUGGUGGCCUUGUCUUGCCUGGGCGCUCUUAAUGGGGGCUUCUUUGCGGUGUCCAGGAUGCUGUUUGUGGGAGCCAGGGAUGGCCACUGGCCGCCGAUCUUUUCCAUGAUUCAUAUCCGGAGACACACACCUUUGCCUGCAGUGCUGUUUCUGUACCCUUUGGUGGUGUUGAUGUUAAUGACAGGAGAUAUAUACCAGCUCAUCAACUUCGCCUCUUUUCCUCGCUGGUUCUUCAUCGCCUUGACGACCCUCGGGAUGCUCAUCCAUCGAUAUCGUUUCCCUCUCCACCCGAGACCUUUCAAGGUGUCUUGGAUCAUCGCGAUCACCUUCACCUUGGUUUGCUUCUUCAUCGUGGGCCUGUCUCUUUAUUCAGACCCCUGGAGCACUGGGAUAAGCUGUGCUCUCACACUGACUGGGGUUCCGGUUUAUUAUCUGACAGUCUAUCGUUAUCGCUUGCCUCAUAGAUGGAGACGCAUCUUCAACUACUGCAGCAAGCAGCUGCAGAUUCUUCUAGAAGUGGUUCAACAAGAAGUCCAGACGUACUGAAGACCCAAAGACAUCCUGCCUUCUGCUGACAGACUUCAUGGAGACCACUUUGACAAAUGCUAGAAAACCUCUUUGCUGUAUGAACCAACAUGUUUGAAGUAUUCAUUUUGUACUAAAACACUUUAAAGACACUGUGUAGAGAAAAUACUUGAAACAAGUGAAACGAUGCUGGAAACGGGAGGAUCUGCUUGUAGGACUUUAAUUAGAAAAAUCAGAUUUUAAAACUGUGAAAUGUCCCUCAUCGUGGAAUUUUUUUCAGCUUUAACAGCCCCUGGUGUAAAAAUAUGCUUGUUAAAAUUUUGAAGCUCUGCUACAGAUAGUCCUAUUUUUCUGUAUAAACCAAUAAAGUGGUUUUUAGAACGA